GAAUAAGAAAUUUUCAUCUUCUGGAACUGGAGAUUAAAAAUAAUUUAGUGAAAAUUUCGAUAUUAAAAGUUUCAAAAUGACGGAAGUUUCAAAUCAAGUGAAUAAUUCCAGCGACAGAAUUGCAAGUCUCAUGAAAGAAGCUGAAAACUUGAAGCAGAAACUUGAAGACGAACGUCAAAAGCUCAAUGAUGUUACUUUGUCAAGUAUUGCUGAACGCUUGGAAAUCAUACAAUACAUGAAUAUUAAGCCAAGAAGAAUUUUAAAAGGUCAUCAAGCAAAAGUUUUAUGCUCAAACUGGUCGCCUGAUAAACGACACAUCGUAAGCAGUUCACAAGACGGAAAGUUGAUUAUAUGGGAUGCUUUCUCAACAAAUAAAGAACACGCUUUGACAAUGCCAGCAACUUGGGUCAUGAGCUGUUCAUAUUCAACAUCUGGAAACGCAGUUGCAUGCGGUGGUCUCGACAAUAAAGUUACUGUUUACCCAAUCACGAAUGAAGAAGACAUUUCAUCUCGUAAGAAAACUGUUGGAACUCACACUUCAUAUAUGAGUUGUUGUCUAUUUCCGAAUUCGGAUCAACAAAUAUUGACAGGAAGUGGCGACUCUACAUGUGCUCUUUGGGAUGUUGAGUCGGGUCAAUUAUUACAAAGUUUUCAUGGACAUUCCGGUGAUGUUAUGGCAAUUGACUUGGCACCAAAUGAAACUGGAAACACUUUUGUUUCAGGCGCUGCUGACAGACAAGCAUUCAUUUGGGACAUGAGAACAUCGCAUGUAGUUCAAUCAUUUGAAGGUCAUCAAUCAGACAUUAAUAGCGUUAAAUUUCAUCCAAGCGGAGAUGCAAUUUCCACUGGCUCUGAUGACUCAACGUGCCGAUUAUUUGAUCUUCGUGCUGACAAAGAAGUUGCUGUUUAUUGCAAGGAAAGCAUAAUUUUCGGAGUAAACUCUGUUGACUUCAGUGUCUCGGGUCGACUUCUAUUUGCUGGUUAUAAUGAUUACACAGUUAAUGUUUGGGACACUUUGAAAAGUCAGAGAGUUGGAUUACUUUAUGGUCAUGAGAAUAAAGUUUCUUGUCUGCAAGUAUCACCUGAUGGAACUGCACUCUCAACUGGAAGUUGGGAUUUUACUCUCAGGAUUUGGGCUUAAAUAUUUUACUUAUCAUUAUGAAUUCACAUUAUCUAUUAAAGUUAUGUGUAGAUUCUAUUAAACUAUCGUAACAUCCUUUAAACAAGUUACAAUAUAUGUUAAAUAACUUUGAAAGAAAAA